AUGAGGACUUCGCCACUUUCUCACCUUCUUGUUCUCGCCGUCUGGGCCGCCCUUUCCUCCUGUGCUGUUUUUGUAAAGAAUGCUGGCGAGGUCGGCGACAUCUUCCGAGGUGGUUCACAGACAAUGACAGGUCCUAUCGAGAAACGCUCAGUUCUUGUCAGGGAUAACCUGAAACGUGAUAGAGCCGAGGAAAAUGAUGCGGUGUUCUCUGCAAGUUCACGAAAAAGUAUCAUGCAUCGAAUCCAGAAAAGUUCUAUCACAGAAGAUCUGGCUUCACGGAAUGAUGAUGAUGCACUUGCUCCGACAGAGAAAAACCUGUAUACUCUUUGUAUGGAGCUUUGUAGGGAAGAACAUAAUGCAGCCAGUUUUGUCCAUUGGGACCUAUUCGCAUCUGUGGCUGCGAUCAGGCCACUUAUGGCGGCAGCCAAGACAUGGUGA